AUGCCCCUGGCGUCGGACGCGCGGCCACGCGGCCACGCGUCGGACACCGGCAACGGUGCGCUUCGAUGGCGCGCGCCGGUGGUCGGCACGAAGCGGCACGAGUCCGCGGGCAGGCGGAAGGAGGAGGACUCCCACGGGAGGACCCGCGACGAGAGGAGGGCGUCGUCAUCCUCCGCCACGUCCUCUGGUCCGGGCGAAGGGAGCGACGCGGCGGUUCGAUCCUCCACCGAGGAGGGCUUCAACAUCGCACUGGUGGAGCUCGCUGCGGAAAUGGAGAGGGAGCUGGCGCUGGAGAGGACCGGCGACAAGCCGCGAACGGCUAUCGGCUCGUUCAUCGAAAAGUUCAGGGGAGCUGGCGCUUCUUCGCCGGGCGGGGUGGACGAGCGCGGGAGAGGCGAAGGCGGCGACCGAGGCGACGACGCGCCAUUUUGGUGGCGCGACACGAGCGCCACGUCGCCUUCGCCGGAUCGAUCGCUUCGGGACGGCCUCGGCGACGUCGUGCUCGCGGCGUCGCCGGUGCUCGGCCAGUCCCCGUCGCUCGAUCGAUCGGGCUUCUCCGAAGGUUGGAGAUCCGAGGACUCGUAUCCCAGCGACGAGAUGCUCUCGGAGCUAUCCGAGAGCAGCAUGAGACUCACGCGGAGGCUCGCGCGCGCCAGGGAGGAGGUCGGGUUGAGCACAGAGGACAGCCUCGCGUCGCUGGAGGCGUGGAGGCGGUCGGACGAUUACGCCCACCUCAUCGCCGACGACGUCGAGCGGGUGGAUAUCCUGGAGCAGUGGAGACGACGAAGGAGGCUCGAGGCGGCGACGAAGGGCGCGGACGCUUCGCACGCGGCGAGGGCGGCGGCGGCGGUCGCGGCGCUCGACGCGGGAUCGGACUUGGACCGCGAGGCUAUCGAGAAAAUCGCGGCGGCGGCGGCGGCGAAGGUGUCCGUCGAGGAGGCGGAGGCGGCGAUGCUCAGAGCCGAAGCGGAGGCCGAGGACGCCGCACGGGCGGGGAACCGAGCGCCCCCCGCGACUGAGCGUUCGUCCCCUGAGCGCUCGUCCCCUUCGAAGAGCCGAGCAGUGGAGACGACGAAGGAGGCUCGUGGCGGCGACGAAGCCGCGUCGAGCCCCGCGAAGGGAAAGGCUCGGCGUUCGCUCGAGUUCGGCGGCGGCGCGGGGGACGACGGCGCGGACGUACAUAACGACGGCACGGACGUCCCCGACUCCGCGUCCGAGUCCAGCUCGAUGAACACGCCCGCGGGAUCGCCUCGCGCGAACCAGGCGUCGGAUAUGCGGCGUCCGGAUAUGAUGCUCGGAGACAUGCUCGGUGACACCGUCGGGGACGUGCUCUUCGGCGACGGACCCGCUGAUGGUCUGAUGGUGUUCCCGACGACCGCGGCCGUCGUCGCGCAGCCGGCGAAACCCCCGGCCGGGGCACCGUCUCCGGCUAUAGAUGCACCGUCGCCGCCCCCUUCGCCCGCGCGGUCGCCCGAGUCGGCCGCCUUCCCUAGACCGCCCCCGUCCUCCUCGGGCCCGUCCUCCUCCUCCUCCGGAUCCAUCAGGCGACCGGCGCGCCUGCCCCCGGUGCACAGGCCUCCGCUGCCGAAGCAGAAGGCGGAGAGGUACCAACCGCCGCGGGAGCCCCUGUCACCGCGGGAGCCCCCGUCGCCGCGGGAGCCUCUGUCGCCCAUAGAGAUGGUCGCGGCGGAGGUUCCCCCCCGACCGCCGCGCCCGCCCCCGGAGUCGCCCCCCGAGUCGCCCAAGGCGGCGGAUGCGUUUGAGCACUCGCCGACGCGACACCCCGCCACCGCAUCUGCUGCGGUGGUGGCGGCGGCGGCGACCGCCUCUAACCCGUGGUUGCCCGCGAGGAUGCAAACCGGCGCGUCGGUUCAUCGACCGACCCAUAAUGCGGAGUACGCAAACGCGGCGGCGGUUCGCGGCGACGCGGCGGCCCCAUCGGGUGAACCUUACCCUAAACCCCCCGGUUGGCUCGGGGACGAGUGGGCCGCUCCCGAGGACGAGGACGACGGUUUGGUGGUGAUGCUGAAGGCGAGGAUCGAGAACCUGCAGGGCCAGCUCGCGAGGUACAACAGUAGCUAG